AAUGAUAAGUCUUCCCCUGGAAGCUAACACGUAAGCCGGACUGAACAGCGCCGUCGAAAAGGGCGUUUUUCGUAAAUAUCCAGUCAGACUCUUUUUUUCCCGUUUAAUCCUCCUCCAAACAACAAAAAGUCCCAAAAAUAUUUUUCCUCCGCACACUUUCCCCGCCAUUUGCAUCCCACAAUUUUUUCUUCCCAAAAUCUAGGGCUCCGAAACUCUUUCCCUCUCUCUCUCUCUCUCUCUGUCUGCAACAAAAACCCUAAUUUCCUUGUUAAACCACCUUGGAUUUCAACAUAUUUACGGACCAGUAGCAGCACUUCAUCUCACUCACUCUCCAUACAUGCCCUUGCCGUGCCAAUCGUGGACUCACCGGUUAACCAAUCGAUGAGUUAUCCAGCUGGUUCAGGCUCGGCUUCUUGGGGACCGAGCCACCGUGGCAUCGGUCUCUCCAAUACGAUACACUCGGAGGUCGCACCGUGCUUGCCUCUGCCUUCGCUUCCGGUAUUUUGUGGCGCAUCUGAUCAGGAACUACGUCUGUUUGAUGAGCCGAGUCGAAACGGUUUGUGGUCGUUGAAUCGCCCUGAGGUUCUUGCUCAGUCCAGUAGGAUUGCUGAUCUGCUUCGAGAAACCGAUGUCUCUUACUUGAACCUCCAUGAGGAUACCAGUGAAGUUUCAUAUGGUUUGCUGGAGCCUUUAGAACUUCAUGAUGAAGUUCUACGUUACAAUCCAGAAGCUUUUGAGUGCAAUACUGCAGGUCCCAUCAAGGAGCAGUUCUCUGGUAGUGCAGUACUUGAAAAGAAACCCUUUGAGCCAAGUGCUCCUACUACAAGUCAUGCUCAAAGAGACUACUAUGAAACUCACAAUCAUCAGUUGGAGCAUGCAAUUUCUAAUGAUGUUUCUACGACAUCUUCCAGAAAAGCUAGGGUCAAGAAGAAAGUUACUGAGGAAAUUCCAUCAUCGCUUGGACCAGAUCCCACUGAGCUUCAAGAUGCCACUAUUCGGAGCUUCUCUGAGUUGGUGGAGGACUUGUGUGGCCGAGCUGAAAUAUUUAGUGACGAUCGGGAUGAAGCAGAGUGGUUAUCAUUGCCUUUGUCAGACCUUAGAAUGCUUGUAAAUGAAAUAAUGUCUGUUCGUGGAAAGAGGCUUCUACAUUUGGUUCCUGUAGAUAUUCUUGUUAGACUUUUGAGGGUUUUAGAUCAUCAAGUACAUCGAGCUGAAGGCUUGUCUAUAAAUGAAUGCGAGCAUUCAGAUUCAGAUGUGGUUUCGUCAAUCUUUUGUGGACUAGAGUCCAUUCAUGCAGCUUUAGCAGUGAUGGCUCAUAACCAAAUGCCAAAGCAGCUCUAUAAAGAAGAGAUUAUUGAAAGAAUCCUUGAGUUCUCCAGGCACCAGAUUACGGAUAUUAUGUGUGCUUAUGACCCAUCAUAUCGAGCUUUACAUAGACCAAAUGAAAAUGGAGCACUUGAAGUUGAGGAAGAUGAAGAAAAUGAUGUUGAAUUUGGUUCAGCAAGCAAAAAGCGGCGCAGUAAUAAAACUGUGAAAGCAAAGCGAUCAGCAGCAUAUAACAAGGUCUCUGCUUCUGUGAAUAACAUUCUUCAGAAGAUGUGCACUAUUCUUGGUUUACUCAAGGAUCUGUUGUUAAUAGAGAGGUUAUCAGAUAGUUGUAUCUUACAACUAGUGAAAACAAGCUUUACAACGUUCUUGGUGGACAAUAUCCAGCUUUUGCAACUGAAGGCAAUUGGUUUAAUCUGUGGGAUAUUCUACUCUUACACACAGCACCGGAGUUAUGUGAUUGACGAAUUACUCCAGCUGCUUUGGAAGUUACCAUCGUCAAAGCGAGCUUUAAGAGCCUAUCACUUACCUGACGAGGAGCAAAGGCAGAUUCAGAUGAUCACAGCACUUCUCAUUCAGUUGGUUCACUAUAGUACAAACCUUCCUGAAGCAUUAAGGGAAGCUGGUAUUCCCGUAUUAGAAGUUUCAGUUGAUGCUAAUUAUCCAACGAAAUGUAAUGAGGCAGCGACAGAAGCUUGUUGUCUAUUCUGGACCCGUGUACUUCAACGCUUCGCUAGUGUGAAAACACAAGAUGCAUCUGAGUUGAAAGUAAUGAUAGAGAACCUUGUAAAUGAUUUGCUGACAACAUUGAAUCUACCAGAAUAUCCUGCUUCAGCUCCUAUUCUGGAGGUACUCUGUGUCUUACUUCUCCAGAAUGCUGGGCUGAAAUCUAAGGACAUUGCUGCACGUUCUAUGGCCAUUGAUCUUCUUGGUACAAUUGCUGCAAGGUUGAAGCGCGAUGCUGUCCUUUGCAGUAGAGACAAAUUUUGGAUUUUACAGGAGUUGGUUAGCAGGGAAGGGAUUGAUCAGAGUUAUCAGAAAGAUGCAUGCUCUAUUUGUUUAGAUAGGAGGGUCGAAAAACUCUUCUUUGUAUGCCAAGGUUGUCAGAGAAUGUUUCAUGCUGAUUGCAUGGGUGUGAGAGAGCAUGAAGUUCCAAACAGGAGUUGGUAUUGUCAGAUCUGCAUUUGCAGGAAGCAACUUCUCGUUUUACAAUCCUACUGCAAGUCACAGUGUAAAGAUGAUGGGAAAACGGAUCAAAAUCAGUCAGGAAAAAAUGCUGAAUCUUUUCCGAUUACAAAGGUUGAGAUUGUUCAACAGUUGCUAUUAGAUUACUUGCAAGAUUCUGGUUCGGUUGAUGAUGUGCAUCUCUUUGUACGCUGGUUUUAUCUCUGCCUGUGGUACAAGGAUGAUCCAAAGUCACACCAGAAGUUCACUUACUACCUUGCUAGACUGAAAUCGAAAACAAUAGUGCGGGAUUCUGGGACUGUUUCUUCAUUACUAACAAGGGACUCAGUGAAGAAGAUUACUUUGGCUUUGGGACAAAAUAAUUCUUUCUCUAGAGGGUUUGAUAAAAUUCUUCACUUGCUUCUGGUAAGUCUGAGGGAGAAUUCUCCUGUAAUCAGGGCUAAGGCCUUACGAGCGGUUAGUAUUAUUGUAGAAGCUGAUCCGGAGGUAUUGUGUGAUGAUCGUGUGCGGUUGGCAGUUGAAGGACGGUUUUGUGACUCAGCAAUAUCUGUAAGAGAAGCAGCAUUGGAACUUGUUGGCAGGCAUAUCGCAUCACACCCGGAUGUUGGUUUGAAGUACUUUGAGAAGGUUGCGGAGAGAAUCAAAGAUACUGGAGUAAGUGUUCGGAAACGAGCUAUCAAAAUCAUCCGUGAUAUGUGCACUUCAAAUUCAAACUUCUCUGAAUUUUCAAGUGCCUGCAUUGAGAUUAUCUCACGUGUUGGUGAUGAUGAAUCAAGUAUACAGGAUCUUGUUUGCAAGACGUUUUACGAGUUUUGGUUUGAGGAACCCUCUGGUAUGCAAACUCAAUUUUUUGGAGAUGGUAGUUCAGUUCCAUUGGAGGUGGCCAAAAGAACUGAGCAAAUUGUUGAGAUGCUGAGGAGGAUGCCAAAUCAUCAGCUUCUUGUUACUGUAAUUAAGCGCAACUUAGCACUUGAUUUUUUUCCACAAUCAGCUAAAGCUGUUGGGAUCAACCCUUUGUUGCUUGCAUCAGUCCGAAAACGCUGUGAGUUAAUGUGCAAGUGCUUGCUGGAAAGGAUUUUGCAGGUAGAGGAAAUGAGUAGCCAGGAAGGGGAGGUGCAUUCGCUUCCUUAUGUGCUGGCAUUGCAUGCGUUUUGUGUUGUAGAUCCAACACUAUGUUCACCAGCUUCUGAUCCUUCUCAAUUUGUGGUCACUCUUCAGCCUUACCUUAAGAGUCAGGUUGAUAAUCGAGUGAUUGCACAGCUAUUAGAGAGCAUAAUCUUUAUAAUUGAUUCUGUAUUGCCAUUACUUCGGAAGUUACCUCCAAAUGUUGUUGAAGAACUAGAACAAGACUUAAAGCAUAUGAUUGUUCGACAUUCCUUCCUGUCGGUUGUCCAUGCUUGCAUCAAAUGCCUAUGUGCUGUGAGUAAAGUAGCUGGAAAAGGUGCUACGGUAGUCGAGUAUCUUAUCCAGCUUUUCUUCAAACGUUUGGAUGUUCAGGCAGUAGAUAACAAGCAGCAAGUUGGACGGUCUCUUUUCUGUCUUGGAUUGCUUAUACGCUAUGGCAAUUCUUUGCUAAGCAAAUCCAGUCACAAAAUUGUUGACGUUAAAAGCAGUCUCAAUUUAUUUAAGAAGUAUCUUCUUAUGGAUGAUUUCUUUUUAAAGGCUAGAUCGUUGCAGGCAUUAGGCUUUGUUCUGAUUGCAAGGCCUGAAUAUAUGCUAGAAAAAGAUAUUGGCAAAAUAUUAGAGGUGACAUUGUCUUCAGGCUCUGAUAUUCGUAUUAAGAUGCAAGCAUUGCAAAAUAUGUAUGAGUAUCUUCUUGAUGCGGAAAGUCAAAUGGGAACAGAUACCAAUAACAAUGUGGUUCAUUAUUCGGUAGAAGGCGGCCAAGCAGUACCUGUUGCUGCUGGUGCAGGGGAUACUAAUAUUUGUGGGGGUAUAAUUCAGUUGUAUUGGGAUAAUAUUUUAGGGAGAUGUUUGGACUCCAAUGAACAAGUUCGCCAAACUGCCCUUAAGAUUGUCGAAGUUGUGCUGCGCCAAGGUCUUGUUCAUCCUAUUACAUGUGUUCCACACCUUAUAGCAUUAGAAACAGAUCCUUUGGAGGUGAACUCAAAGUUGGCUCACCAUUUGCUGAUGAACAUGAAUGAAAAGUACCCUGCAUUUUUUGAAAGCCGCUUGGGGGAUGGCCUUCAGAUGUCUUUUCUAUUCAUACAAUCCAUCAGUGCUAAUUCUGAACAUGUGAAUGCAAAACUCCAAUCUAAAGCUCCUGGCAAUGUGAAAGGAAAGUCUGAUGCUGCAUCUUUGACUCAAGCAAGACUUGGAGUUUCUCGAAUCUACAAGCUCAUUCGUGGAAACCGGGUUUCAAGGAACAAAUUUAUGUCCUCAAUUGUUCGCAAAUUUGAUAGUCCCAGCUGGAAUGAAUCAGCAGUUCCUUUCCUGAUGUAUUGCACAGAAAUCCUUGCUUUACUACCAUUCACGUCACCUGAUGAGCCGCUUUAUUUGAUCUAUGCUAUAAAUAGAAUAAUACAAGUUAGGGCUGGUGUUCUUGAAGCAAAACUGAAAGCUUUGAGUGUGCAUCUGUCACAAAGAGUUGCACCUCGUGAGAACGGCAUAGUUAAGGAGGAUCCCUCAUCCUACUCUUUUCCAUAUGAGAUGACAUCAAUGGAUUUGAGCAGAACAAUUCAUCAAGAGCCAGCAUCUGAGGCUGUUUCAAAUCACAUGUCAUCUGUGGAUUUGAAUGGGACAACACAAGAAGACCUGGCUGAUCAGUCUGUCUUGAAUCAGAAUAAUAUGGAUGGUAUGGGCUCAGGGGAUUCUUCUGGCAUCAUCUCAAAAGAUGAUGAGCUGAAAAUCCAGGCGGACUGCGUUGCAGCUGCAUCGUUGCAGCUUCUUUUGAAGUUAAAGAGACACUUGAAAAUUGUGUAUAGCCUGAAUGAUGAACGGUGCCAGGCUUUUUCACCUAACGAACCCCUUAAAGGAGAGGUAAUCUCCAGGCAGAACAUUCCUUUUAACAUUGGUGAAAUACGCACUCAGUUACCUACAACUUGCCAAGAAUUAGGACAGAUAUAUCAGGAAUUCAAGAAUGCGUUGAGGGAGGAUGCUAUUGACUACUCCACAUAUACUGCAAACAUUAAUAAGAGGAAACGACCAACCCCAAGAAAGGGGCGGAAAGCUGGACAAAUGACUGGGGGAGAUGAGGAGGAUGAUGACGACGAUGAGGAUUGGUCAGGUGGGGUUCGUAGGCUUAGUAAUAGUGGGAGAAGAGGUCCCAGCACCCGAAGUAGGCUAAGAUGAUAAUUGUUGUAUAUGCAGGUAGGCUAACUUGUACAGUUUGUAGGUGGAAAGAAAAUAGCAAUAGGAGGAUAGAAUGAGAUCAAAAAGGAGAAAAAGGAAAUAGAAAUUUACAAACAGGAGAGAAAUUUGUUAAGAGCAGUGGUUUCCCUUGAUGUUUCCAUCUUUUGUAAUUUGCCUGGGGUUUAUAGUAAUUGCAUUCUUUUUGUCACUGGUAAUACAGCCCCUUUUUAGAGAUCAUCUCCAGGGAUACAAAAUCAUAUUAGAUCAUUUUCUUUCCCAAUUUGUCAUAUAUUCUCUUUGUAUUGUAUCUGAUAACAAUGUUUUACGGUAUAAAAUGAGAUGUUCCCUAAA